GUGAUUCCUUGCCAUUUAACAUACGCACAAACCGCUUAUUAACAAAAAAAGUUAAAUAAAAAAAGAUAAGUUCGAGGUCUGGAAAUUGAACAAAUGCACAUAAAGGCAAGUCAAUAAACCUCGGAGGCUAGAUAUACGAAACAUGUUUGAGUAUGACUGGGAUACAUUUUCCUCGCAGGAAGCGAAAAUAAAUACCAAAGACACUGACUCAAAGAAUACAACUUUUAAAAGAAAUGAUAGCCAAGCUCAGAGUGAAACGAACGACCCAAUUUCAACCGGAAAAAGUAGCAUACAUUCAGGGUGUAAUUCAAGCUUCCAAGAGGGAAACGUACUCUCAUUUGAAUAUCAUCUUAACAUUGACACUGUUUGCAGAACGUGCUUAAAAAAAAUUGAUGCAAGCAUUCCGAACACAUCCACUAUUAAAUCGCAUUAUCAAAUUUUUGAUACUGCAAAUCUCGCGAAGAAACUAACCUCCUGUACAUCUUUAAAAAUUGAGCAAACGGAUAAGUAUCCCAAAUACUUGUGCAACAGUUGCUUCAAUAAAGUCAAUGAUUUUUACCAAUUUCAAAGUAUGUGUGUGGAGUCGAUGCAGCAAUUUUGCCAAAUGUUCUUGGUUCCAGUCAGUCAAAUUACUUUUGAUACCGAAGUUCCUCGAAUUAAAACAGAACUUGACUGUGAUGACCCACUGCAUUCUGAAGCGUUUUGUGAUUCCAUCGAAGACGCCAAACAAUCAUCAUGCUUUGUUGAUAACUCUAACUCAGUGAUAGAAAAAGACCAGCUACCAUUAGGUGAUACCAACUCCUUGAUGCAAUGUCAGGUUGAGUACAGGGAUAACAAUAGUUUACUCCAACCACUUCGGCACGCACUAUUCCAAGAGAAAAAUAGUAAAAAGGAGGGUACAAUAGAAGAAAGUUUCCAAAAUAAAAUGGAUGAACUACUAAGGCGCCAAACGGAAAUUGUGAAAAUUGUUGCAGAGAACAAUGUUCUAUUGCGAGAAAGUUUAGGGAUGUCUUCUGUCUCUUCCAUCAAAUUCCCAUUAGAAACGGAUGAUAAGUUGGAAGAACUAGAAGCGCGACUAAAAGUGGAAAGCAAGGCAGAAAUUGUUGGUAUUCUUAGAAGAAUAACUUGCGGAAAAAUAAAGGGUAUUGAUGCGAUAUUUGGAAAGCAAGUAGUUAUGGGAUUCAAUUAUAACGGAGAUAAAGGCAAAAAGCCUUUAAAAUUUUUCAAAAAUUUCCUAAAUGCUCUAUACGAAGCCACCUACGAAGAGGGCAGAACUUUUGACGAAUUUUUAAUAAGUCUUCGGCAAGAAUUUAAAAGAGUGAAAAAUCGGUUUUGUAAACAGAAGAGUAGAAAGAACAACCGUUAGCAUGUAACUUAUAGUUUAUAUUGCACACCUGCAUCUAAAGUGAGCUAACUAAAAAAUCAUACCGGACAUUAUAACUGCUUGUGAAUCGUACAAAUUCAACGCGAUUAAUACAAAAACAGGUACAACAAUAGUUUUUUAGUUAGAGUAUGUAAUAAUAAAAAAAAUGCAUUACUUGGAGGUAUGUCCUAUGAAUUGAUUUAUGCAAAAAAUCGUCCUAGGUGUGCGAUAUGUACUAUUCAGUAUUAGUUAGUUGUAAGGUAUUUUUAUGAUUUUUUAAUAGAUAAAUACUACGAACAAAAAUUUCACAAUGUUUGUAAAGUUAAGUAUAGGAAUAAAACCACACCUAAAAAUUACUUCACUUUACUAGACAAUAAAUUAUUUGUGUUUGUUAAUCACUCUUAACAUUUGUCAUAUAAAAGGUAACGAAUAAGGCUAGUUAAAAUAGUGUAACCCACGCGAAAGUUCACAGAGAUUGUAGGUUGGUUACUGGGCAGCCUUGGUAAGUGGUUAUAAUUCAUAUUCAAUUUCCAACAAUAAACUGCUAAAAAUAAAAGUCAUAAUAUCCUAUAAAGUGUGAAUACCUACUGUAAUUGUAGGCAUAAAGCCGCCUGUUCGACUUGAAGUAGAGGAAUAGCGUGAAGAAAAUUAAAAUUUGUAAUCAACUGUGUCCGUUAUGAAGUGAUACUAAUUUCUAUAAAUUUAUGAUUAGGAUUACCUAAGAGAAUUUU